AUACUUAUUGUCAACGCCAUAUUGAGCGAAUGUUGCUACGAAAAGUUUGGGUGAAUAAUCAAAGUGUUUCUGCAAGUGCUGCAGGUAUAUAUGUUUAUAGUGAGUGAUUACAAAGAAAAAUAGGUGCUGUUGUUAAAUAUUCUUAAGUGAAGAGAUAAUGAGUUGCUCGGAUUCUAAGAAAUCGAAGAAGAGAAAGAGCAUCAAAAGUGGAAACAUGGGUGACGUUCUGGGGAAAGAAUGUGGAGAUAUUGAAAAGGACAAUUUACUAGAAGAAACAUGCGGCGAAGACGUUAGAGAGGAAGCCGACGGCGCUCCUAGCAAAGAUGAGCAAAGUUUCCAAUUGAGUGAUGACCCUGGGCUAGCUGAUGUAAAUACCCCAGAUGAUGGAAAGAAUGAAGAAAACUCUCCGGAGGCUGCCAUGGUUGGAAGUGUUCAGCAAGAGGAGAGAUGCGCAUGUGAAGCGUGCAAGAAUAGACAGGAGCAGGCGGCGGAGCAGAUGAAGGAGAUGCGCUGCCUCCACAGCUACUGGAUGGAGCUGCGGCAGUACAUCCGCAACGUGUACCGCAACGCCGUCGAGGGUCGCUCCACCCAGGACGAGGAGCUGGAGGAGGUGGACCGCAUGUCGGACCUCGUCAACAAGCUGUGUGCGAAGGACCCUCACCAGUUGUUCCAGAGGCUGGAGGCACAAGUCCAGGAGUUUGUUAUUGAGGCGAAGGUGCGCCAGUUGGAGUUGCUUCACCGGGAGAAGCAGACGCCAGAAAUAGCUCGCAUAUUCCUCACAGGGCUGCUGGAAGGCUACGAGAAGCUGUGUAUUGCGGCUCGUCUGCUAAUCAAAUUGCUGGAACCUCUAGAGAAGGGUCACCUUCAGAAGUUUAACCUUACUUGGGAGGUGUUGAACAAGCAUCUUUACCAGAGCUGUGUUUACACCGACCCUUUGGUGCAGAACAACUUGCCGCACUACAUUGCACAGCUUCGCACUCUUUUGCCAGGCAAGAACCAGGUUUACUCUGCUCUGGUGCAUCAGUACCUGGCCUUCGAUGAUGAAAUGACGCUAAUUGGAGCUAUGUGGCGUGACACAGAAACUCUCGUGCAUGAGUACAACCAAGAGCAGGCAACCAUGAAAGCAAAGCAGAGGAUGUUGCGUGAAGACUGGGAACUUUUCAAAGCUCAGCGCAAGCUCAUUCAGCAGAAGAUGUGGAGCAAGACAGCCAGUGAGCUGCGGGAGUUCGACGAGCAGCUGCUGACCCUGGCCAGCCUGGGGGUGCGCGACAGCCCGGAGGACCCUGGCAGUGGGGGCGGGGCCUACUGCCUGGGCUGCAGCUCGCGUCGGGGCUGCCCUUGCGACGAGUGCGCCAUCACCCACCUGCUCACCUGCGGGGGGCUCAUCACCCCUCCGGACUCCCCUGGCCCCACCUCGCACGGUGGCAGCCACAAAGGGGAUCUGGACUUGCGCUUGGAUGGUGAGGGCUGUGACCUCGCCCCUGAAGGGGACCCAGUGCUGGACAUCCAGGAGCUGGAUGGAGCCAUGCCAGAUGGCUGUGGCGACUCGGAUCCCGGGGUGAAGGAGCUGAGUGCUGGGACACAGCCCCAGCCACAGAGCUGCGAGUGCCAUGUCUGCACCGCUCCUUCCAUGUCCACUAUGGAGCUGAUGGAGAACUACGAGUGUCACUCGUGUGUCCAGCAGCAGGGCACACCCGUGGCGGGGGCCAACAUUAACCUACAUGCCGGGGGCUUCCACCUCUACCCGCACAUCCACGGCACGGGGGGAGGUGGAGAUGCUGGCAGCCUCUACCCUCACUUGUACAACAUCCACCCCUCGCUGUUGACUCAGCUUGGCUCCAAGCACUCUCACCUUGGUGUGCAUCUCCAGGACCAGCUGCAGGUUCAAUGCAGCGAUGGUGGCACGGGAGGGGAGAAGAAUGUUGCCUCUACGGUGCUGGCAGAGUCCCUCCCUCCUGCGUCAUCACCCCAGCCGUCUCUUCCCCCUACUAGUGGUCCCGUAUCGCCUCCAAAACAGCCCCAGCACAAAGCCACACUGCCCUCGCAAGCCCACAGCUCGCAGCCUGGUUCAAAUCCCUGCAGCAGGGAGCAGCUGGGGAAGACGACCAGCGGCCCCGGACAGCACAGCUCAGCGUCCACACAGACCAGCCCCAGCAAGGUGAAGCAGCACCAACCACUGCCGCCCCAGCCCCAGUCGCAGCCCACUGCGUCCCACCGCACCCUUGUCAGGCCUCGCCUUCCCAUCAACUCUGUGGUGCAGCUCAAGAAAGGCCAGUCUCCCGAAGGGAUGCUGCCUGCCGCCCCCGGCACCGUCCGCCAUUCCACUACGCAAACCCAGCAAGGCCAUGGUCAUGUCCACUCCCACAACCACCAGCCCCUGCCGGACGUGGUGAAGUCCGCGGCGACGAGCACCACUCACUUCCAUCAGCCUGCGCAGGGCAAGGCUCCGGGGCACACCUGCCUCAAAGGGCUUAAGAGUGCCAGUGGCAAUGCAGAGCCCAUCAAGAGGGUGCCCUGCGGAGAUUAUGAAAGUGAAAUUCCAGAGUUGGAGGACUCUUCCAGCCAAGAUGACUCAUGUUCGGAGAGAUCCAGCUCCACAACAGCAUCAACACAGCGAGAUUCCCGCCACUGUGACUGCUGUUACUGCGAGGUCUUCGGCCAUGGCAUGCCAUCAGUCGCCCCAGUUAGCAGAAACUACCAGGAGAUGAGGGAGAGGCUGCGCCUGCUGUUGACGAAGAAGAAAGCCAAGUGUAAAGGCAACAGUCCGGCGUCUGGCACGACCCCUCCCUCCCCGGUGCCGGUGCCAGACACGAGCGCCAAGCCGCCCGCGACGGCGGCGACGGCUGCCCCUCCGGGCACCGCGCUGCUGGCCCCUGCGUUCAGCACGGCUGUCCCGGAGGAGCUGGGCGACGUGAAGGACCCCCGAGACCUGGAGGCGCUGCUCGACUUCAUCGAGGGCAACCAGUCAACUCGCUGCAAGGAUGCCAAGAAGGCUGCCAAAAAGGCUCGUCAGAAACAGAAGAAGUUGGAGGAGAAGGAGAAGGAGAAGAAAGUGCCCGGAACCAAGGCUGAUACCACUGAGAAAACUUCAGAGGUUACGAUCACGGUUGUGGACUCGCCACCAGAGUCGCCGGCCUCCUAUCCCCUCCAGCAGCCGAGGAAGGGCAGCGGCUCCCCGCCCAAGAAGUCGGAACUCCCUCCUGCCUGCAAUAGUUCCGAGGAAUGUGCGCACCCUCCACAGAUGGUCACCAUCAAGCGUGUCAUCGAGCCCAAUGGUGCAGAGCCCACCGUAACCAUCACACUCAAAGGCACCACACCUGAUGAGGAUAAAGUGCUCUUCACCCUUAUCAAUGGCCAAGUGCUUCCUUCUCAAGAUAAGUCAAAGGUGGUAAACGAGCCAGUGCACCAUCAGGGUACAACGUGUAGAUCUACUCCUACGAACUGCAGUAUGGUUGGUGCUGGUGGAGUGAAUGGUGGGGGUAAGAAAAAGAAGAGUAAAAAUGGUUGCAACCCACCAGUGAUCGUUCCUAAUGUUGCUCAGCCCACACCGCCGCUGUCCCCGCCCAGCAAGCCCGUCGCUCAACAUUCCUCCGCGAGAAGUGUACAACAGCCCCUCGCAGCAAAGCUGCCCAUGAACAUCAGCAAGUCCCAGAACACUGCCACUGUCCCUAGCGCAAAGGUAUCUCUGAAGGUGGUGGGCGUGGCAGGCGUCCAGAGAGAGGUCGCUCCGUCGAUGGAGGGCCCAGGAAAGGGCAGGCAGGAGUCUGCAGGGUCGCGCUCCUUCAGCCUGGAGAGUCUGAAGCUGCCCCCUGGCAUCACCAUCACCAAGGUGGACAACUCGGCAGUGCCUUUCCAAAAGAAGCAGACUUCCCGCCCGGAGAGCGCCAUGCCUCAUGGCAACCCUGCUCACGUCGCCAGCUCCAACGUCAUUGUGGUUGAUACGGGCAAAAUGAAGGAUGAUCUCAGUAUUCCACGAGAUUUUCGGGAAGAUAUGGCUGGAAAUGUUAGUAAAAAGAAAAACAAGAAGAAGAACAAGACUGGUUCCAGUGACGUUGUAGUGAACGGCAUCAAUGGCAGUGCUAGCAUCACAAGGGUUCCUGUACAGCAGUCGACUCGUGUUGUCCCUAUCGCUACCCAGGCUACCGGUGUCGCCGGGCGUGGCUCGAACAAUGUAAGGGCGCAGUCCCAACCAUGUUUUCUUCUACCUUCUCAGAAACAAAAUGGUCAUGCUCCUAACAUGAAUGCUAAUUCUCGUGUGUACAUGGGGCAGGCCAUAUUCAAGGUGAAUGGUUCGACCGUGACCAUCCGCAACCCGGCGAUGGAUUCUACCCCGAGGUUUCCCGUCCCGAUCGUAAACGGGGAUAUCGCGAAAAAGAACAGCAGUUGCAACGGUGCUAAUGGGAAGACGGGGAAGAAGAUGUCACCUAGUUCGGUCGUGAAUGGCGUUGCUUCGAAGGGCAAAGAGAACUUGUCGCUCCACACACAGAAGUACCCGGGCGGUGAUGGCAGUGCUCCCAGGAGCAGGGUUCCCUCUCAGGUGGAGUUCAGCAGCAUGAACGGUGUUCACCCAGGCAAGGUAACUCCCCAGAACGGUAGACAAGGUCUCGGCGGCCCCGUCACAGGAGCAGUGCCCCCUCGGAUGCGUGUCUCCACCACCCCUCAGCCGUGCCUCUCGGAGCAACGCAAGUCGAUUGUCGUGCCGGGCCGCCUGGCAAACGGCUCUCAGAGCUUUGCCAGCCGCGUGGCGGCUGCUCAGAGCCAGGCGCUCAGCGCCGCCAACGAUGCCAAGAAGAAGCGAAAGAAGAAGAAAUCUGCGGGUGAUCACGACCACGGAGAUGACUGGAACCUUGUUGAAAACGUAUUUGCACCGAAGGACAUAGAUCUUGAGAAUGGGGACAUUGAUGAUGCAGAAAGAGAGCUGGAGGCAUUUAAACGGUUUUGUUUCAAUUCCGUGCCGCCUAAACAAAAGGAAAAAGUCCACUUAAAUAUAAAAGACAUUGUACUCAAGAAAAAGUCAUCGGCCAUUGGAUGCAGCUAAAAGUGCUCUCUUCAGAUUUUUAGUUGCAAGUGCUCUAGGUGCUUUAAAAGUCAGAAAUAUAUGUGAAGUUUUUUUAAACAAAAAACUUUUUACUGCAUUAUCUUUAAUGUGUUUUUUAUGUCUUGUGAUGCUUGAUGAGUGUAGAAUUUCUUUUCUCAAUCAUCAAGUAUUUCCUCCAUGCAGAUGUGAUUGAAUUUAUAUUUGCAGCAUGUAGUGCUCGUUAGUGAAUUCUUGUAAUUUAUUUUGUGUUUCAUAAAAUCUGUAAUACAUGGCCCUACUGCCAUUUUUGUAAGCAGUUUUUUUUCUACAUUGAGUUAGAAUUAUAAGAUUUUUCUAUGAUAAUAUUUCUCUGUUUUGAGAGAGUUGAUUUUACAUGUUAUCCUUUCAUAUGGUACGUAAUUGGGUAUUCAGAAAAUAAAACUGUCUCCCCACCAGUAGUAGAGAUAUUUUGCUUUAGAAAUAAUUGCUAGUUUCUAAUAACAAGGCCUUUUGUACUACUGUGUCAGGUCUAUCGUUGCAAGAAAUAGGUGAGGUUUUUUAUUUAGUGGUUGCUUGCUGCUGUGUAGCUUUUUUUAAUUCCAUCCCACAGUUCUCUCUCUCUCUCUCUCACUGUUUUGAAAAAUAUUUAGUGAAUCUUGUCCGUACAAAUAUUUGUAAUAUAAUAUAUGUUACUGCCAACAAUAUUUGAUUGAAAUAAGUUAGUUUUAUAAAGCUUAUUAUUUGCUAAUUUUACUCUGGAAUUGAUCUGUAUUUAUAUAAUUUGUUUAAGAUUGAUGGGGAUAUGGACAAAUUUUAAGAGUCAAGAGAUAUAUACAUACUAUGUGUGUGGCUUUGAGCAGGAAAUCCAUGUGUACAAGGUGUAUUUAUUAGCAAUUUGCUUGUAAACAAGAGUAUUGUAUGAUCACAUGGUGAGUGAUAAAACAUUUCUUUUGUGCUGUGUGUGUGUACAUAUAUAUAAAAUAAUCUUUUUUUGUCUUGCUCUUACAUGUUAUGCUUUAAGCCAAGUGCAGAAGUGCCCAGGUCAGCUCUGUGUACUGUCUAUACAUAUAUAUACAUACAUAUAUAUGUCGCAUAUCUUUCGGUCAUGUCACCGGAAGGGCGUAACACUAUGAUGCAAUUUACUGUUUGUGUAAAACUACUCGGAUUGAAAAAAGAUCCUAUCGUAACAGUUUUUUUACUUGUUGAUGAGAUUGAAGUACUAAGUUCUAUGGCAGUGUAUUUGUUAUACAGUUAGAUCUAAAUUAGAUUAAAAUGUAGUCAUAGAACA